GUCAUCAAAUGAUAUCCUGUCAAGAUAUGUUAACCUGGCCACAGCCUCUCACAUGGAGGCAGCAAAAGUUUCAGCUGGAAAGCUGCUUCAGCCCAACCAUGGAAACAAACUGAGUUCUAGACUGCCAGGUUCUUUGGUCCCCCACAGCACUAGAAAAGGCAAAGACAAAAAGCUCUUCAACACCCCAUCUCCACUCAGUUUAUUCAAGGCUCCCAUCAGAAGUAAAGCAACCUGUCAGCCAAAGUCUCACAUUGUAUUCCUCAAGACGCACAAAACAGCAAGUAGCACCAUCCUAAACAUUCUGUAUCGCUAUGGUGAAAGCAGGAACUUGACCUUUGCCCUCCCCCUGAACAAACACAGCCAGUUGUUUUACCCAUUCUCCUUCGCUUCACAUUUCGUGGAGGGCGUCAACAGCAGAAGUGUGAGCGAGUUCCACAUUAUGUGCAACCACAUGAGGUUUAGAAAGUCUGAGGUAGCAAAGGUGAUGCCAGCAGAUACCUUCUACUUCUCUAUCCUGAGGCAUCCUGUGGCCAUGAUGGAGUCCAUCUUCAUUUACUACAAGAGCAUUCAAGCCUUCCACAAGACUCACAGCCUGGAUGACUUCCUAGACAACAGUUCUCAGAACUACAACUCAUCAGUGACCAACAACCACUAUGCUCACAACAUUCUGUCUUUUGACUUUGGUUUUGACAACAACAUUAGAGCUGGUGCUGAAGACCUGGAGGAGAGAGUCAGUAUGGCUAUUGCAGCCAUUGAACGGGACUUCCAACUCAUUCUGAUUUCUGAGUACUUUGAUGAAUCUAUGGUCUUGCUCAAGCACGCCCUCUGCUGGUCCCUGGAUGACGUGGUUUCCUUUAAGCUCAACAGUCGCAGUGAACGAACUCGUCACCCACUUUCACCUAAUACUGCAGAGAAAAUCAAGGGAUGGAAUGCUUUAGACUGGAAGAUAUAUCUGCACUUUAACACCACCUUUUGGCAUAAAGUGGAUAGUCUGGUUGGGCAAGAGCAGAUGAAGAGGGAAGUAUCUCAGUUAAGAGAACUACAGACUAAGCUGGCAAGCACCUGCCUGAAAGAUGGAGGUGCAGUUGACCCUUCCCAGAUAAAAGAUGCAGCGUUAAAGCCAUUCCAAUAUGGAGCAGCUGUUAUCCAAGGAUAUAACCUAAAUCCACACAUAGACACACAAACCAAAACUAAAUGUCAGAGAUUAAUAACUCCAGAACUACAGUACACUGAUCUUCUGUACACACAGCAGUUCCCUGAGCUAGCUGCUAAGCAUAGACAAGCAAUCAGUCGGGUUGCAGUGAUGUUGGGACAGGGAUGGGUCAGAGUUCAGGAGCUGGACUGCUCCUGUGGACACAAAGGUGGCCCUCCUCCUUUGUGUUCUACAGCGUGGACAGCGCAGCUUGAUGGGAGCCACUCAAACACUGAGUGUAGAGUGUGUGAGGGGUCGUAUAGGAUCCUGAUCUCCUCAGUGUUGGCGGAAAACCUCAGAAGGCUGUCAAAAAUUAUGCCCAAGUACCUGUACUCCUCCACCACCUCUACAGGUUCCCCCCAGAGGGUGGUAGUGAUGGCCUCUACCCAGACACGCAGCUUGUGA